AUGAUGCGGACGACGACGGCGACGACGCGGACGACGACGCGCGUCGCCGCGCUCGGCGCGCGCGCGACGGGGCGAGGACGAGGACGAGGACGCGACGCGCGGGCGCGGGCGAGCGGGGACGCGCAACGCGCGGGCGCGGACGGAGACGCGCGCGACGAUGCGCGACGCGGCGGCGCGACGACGCGAAAGAACCGGCGGGGUUUGUUGGGCGCCGGGUUCGCGGCGGCGACGGCGGGGCUGACGGGGCUGACGCGCGCGGCGAACGCGGCGCCGACGCUGCCGAAAGAGCUCACGGAACCGGAUGAAAUCUUCCGAGAAGACUUCAACGUUCAGUUCGCGGGGUUGACGGUCGAUCAUAAAGAUUUAAUCUACGCCCUGGUCGUCGGGCAGACGAUCGGAUUCGUCGGAAGCGCCGUCGGCGGCGCGGAGGCUCGUAAGCGCGCUGAGGAGAUCGAACGGUUGAACUCGACGCUGCUGAAGGUGAACAAGGAAGUGCGAAAAGAGCUCAGGAGUAGUCAAGGGCGCAAAGUGGCGUUCUCCACGAUGGAUUCCUCGGACGAAGCUUCGAGCGAGACGGUGCUCGAAAUCAUCAGUUUGCUCAAGAGCGGCAAGUCUAAACUCAAAGCGCAAGCGUCCCAAGAGGCGAAAGAAACAUUCACUAAGGCGCGUCAACUCAUCGAUGCUAACCAGAGCGCGCUGAAGGAACCGUGGAAGGCUGUUCGAAAGGCUGAGCGCGGUCUCGGCGCGGCGUCGGCGCGCUUGGGCGAGUACGACGAAGCCCUUUCUCACAUGAAGACUGUGUUGAAGUUAUCCACCGAGCACGACGACACGAGCGUCGCCACGGACGCGUGCGGCAUAAUAGCCGAUAUUUACGCCGAAAUGGAUCAAAUCGAAGUCGCCGCGGAUUGGUACGACAAGUAUUUUGAAUCCUUGGCCAUCGAAGACGCCAAGGAAGCCGCCGAGGCGGGCUCGAGCUCGGCGCGUUGA